GGUCAACAUAAAUUACAAAUGCAUGUUAACAAACAUUAUAAGUAGAUGAACGGGCUGUGCCUCCCUCACUCCGUUAGGCACACCUCAUAACCGCAACACCAGCACUUCGGUUAGCCUGUCUUUAACAUACGGAUCGGUUAUUCACAGAGUCAUCAGACGCUACUGAGGCUAGCACGAUAAUAUUAUGGUCCUUGGGUUCGGCAAGGGACCCGAGCGGUUCCUUUCCGCAAAGGAGCAUACUCCUGGGCCUGGGGCGUAUGACCCGAAAGACUUGGAUACGAAACUGCCGCCUAAGAGCGGGUUCCUGACUGGCGAGCGCUUUUCAUCUCAAGAGCUUGAAGGUUCGGCUGUCUUAGAGCGGCAAGAUGCCUCACCGCCACGGGAGCGCAAACCGGCAAACGCUGGCACCGAUCGCAAGUUUUCCUGGGCUACCCAGCGCAUCCAUGAGGUGCAAAAAGAGCUGGAGGCUGCGCAGAAGCGCGCCAAGGAUUUGGAAAAGGCGCUUAGGGAAUGCCAGCAGCGGCUUGAGAGGGCGGAGAAGGAACUAGACAUCACGCAGAAAAGCAAGGCACAGCUCCAGAGCAAAGUAAAUGAGCACGAAGCCGAGCUGGCUGCCAUCAAGGCCGAGCUCAGCGCAACAAAAGCUCGUCUUGCGGAGCUGUCCGCCAAAGAGGUGGCAGCGACUACGGCGGUGAAGGAGGGGGAAGUCCGCGCUGCGCAGCUGUCCAAGGAGCUUGGUCAGGCACUCGAGGCCAACCGGCGGCUUGCACAGCAGCACAACACCCUACAAGGUGAAGCAGAGGAGGGCCGCCGCUACGCAGAGUCCGUCCGUGCUGAGCUGGCCACCACACGGCAGGGCUUGCAGGUAGCCUGCAAUGAGGCAGCCUCCCUUCGUGCAACGGUCGCCUCCCUUGAGGAGCAGCUCAAGAAGCGGGUAGCGGAGCUGCAAGAGCAGACGACCAAGCGGGAGGAGGCUGAACAACACGUUUCCGCCAUCGGCAGUACCCUGGCCACGACUCGGACUCAGCUUCAGGAAGCGCAGGGAGCCAUCGCAUCUCUCCAGGCAUCAAUGUUGACCAACAACCAGUACACCGAGCGCCUGCAGAAGGAGCUUGCUGUCGCAUCUGGUGAAUCGUCCCAGCGCAGCGCGCAGCUGGCAGCGGCCCAGGCGGAGCUGGCCGCAACCCAGCAGCAGGUCACGGUCCUGACUUCCGAGGUGAAGACCAAGGAGGCGUCCGUGGAGACCCUUAGCGCCCGCAUGGCGGCGCAGAUGUCGGAGCUCAUUGAGCUUAAGCUAACUAACGAUAACCUCGAGGCGGGUCUUGAUGCAGCAAAGGGCGACAUCUACCAGCGUGACAAGUCAAUUGACAGCUUCAAGGCCCAAGUGGCGCACCUUGAAGGUCAACUGAAUCAACAGGCGGCGGCUAGGGAGCAGCUAUUUGCUGACCUGCAGGAGCGCCGCAAGGAGCUCAAGGAUGCGGCCUUGCGUGAGCAGGCGCUGGUGGCCGCCAAAGCCGAGCUGGAGCAGCGCUUGGGUGCCAAGGCCGCUAAGUGCGAGGAACAGGAGGUUGCAGCGGCGGAGCUGCAGCGGCGGCUCGCCGCAUUGCAGCAGGAGGUUUCAGAGCAAACUGCCUCUGCUGCUACCCUGACGAGUAAGCUUGACGCAGCCCAGGCUUUCAUUGAUCAGCAAUCGCAUCAACUGGACGAACGCUCGGGUGUGGUGGCCAAGCUGGAAGCGGAAGUUGCGGAGCUUUCUGCCACCGUGCGUCAGCAGAUGGAGUCACUGGCGGAACGUGCUGCCACCAUCGAGGACCUCCAUAGCAUCGUCAAGACGAAGGAGACCCAGGCGGCCGAACUUGCUGCACAACUGGCUGCUGAGCGCUCGGCGCGGCAGAUGCGCGAGGAUGAGGUUGCGCGGCUGAACUCAACCCUGGAACAGCGGGAUGGCACGAUUGUUGGCUUGGAGGCCUCGCUGGCGCAGCUAAACGGUACGGUAGCUGACCUCAAGACCCAGCUCGCGGAGACAGGUGCACGGGCGACGACUCUGCAACAGGCUGUUGCCGACCGUGACGGCAGGAUCUCAGGCCUCGAGGUUGAGGUUGCGCUGCUCAAGAACGCACUGUCUGAGCGCGACGGCAAGGUGACUGAGAUAACGCUGGCUCUCCAAGAACGCAACACAGCGGUAGCAGGGCUGGACGCCUCGGUAGAGGAGCUCCGCAAGACCUUGUCAGACCGUGAGGCAACGAUAAGCGGCCUCACUAGCGAGCUCGAGGAGCGCCGCGCGACUCUGGCAGCACGCAGUGCCCGCAUCUCGCAGAUGUUGACUGAGGCCGAAGCCGCCGCUGCUGCAGCCAACGUUGCCGCUGAGCGCAUCAGCGGUCUGGAGGCGUCGCUAAGCCAGGUCAAGGGCGAGUUGGCCUCUGCCCGGUUCAACGUCUCGGCAUUGGAGGGUACUGAGGCCUCUCUGCGCAGCGAGCUGGCGCAGCAGAGCGAGGCCAACACCGCCCUUAGCACCGACCUUGCUGCAGCGCGAUCCGCCUUGCAGGAUGCGGCUGGUCGCGAAGGAGCGGUGCGAGACCAGCUUGCGAUGACCGAGCAGCAGCUCGUCAGCACCGGAGAUGCCAAGCGACGGUUGGAGGAGCACUGCGAGCAGCUUGCGGGCGAGCUGCAUGCAACGCGCACGGAGUACGAGGGGCUGCAGCAGGUCCACGUCGCGCUGGUCCAGGACGCAAACGACCUGCGUGCAGAGCGAACGAGGCUGUCCGAGACCUUGGAGCAGGAGAGCCGUGAGGCUGCCGCUUUGCGCGAGAAGCUGGCUGUCGUUGAGAGCGAGCUGGCCACCAAGGCCGCGACGCUGGAAAGUGCCGUACAAGAGGUUGCAGGCCUUAAGGCAUGCGUGCAGGAUGCCCAGGUCGUGGCAGCGCAGCAAUCGUCUACGAUUACACAACUGCAAGGCAACCUGACUGACCGCGACGCGGCCCUCGAUCAACUGCGGCACGUGGCCGCCGACUUGGAGCAGCGGUUGGUGGGCGCCGAGGCUGACAAGACCCAGCUUGCCCGCAACGUGUCCAUCGCGCGCGAGCAACUGGCGAGCGCUGAUGCACACCGCAUGGGGCUCGACAGCAGAAUUGCUGAGCUGGAAAGUGGACUGGCGGCGGCAACAGAGCAGCGGGCGGCACUCGCAGAAACUGCUGAACGCCUAACGGCGCAGCUGGCGAACACGGUUGCUAGAGCCAAGGCCGACGCAGACGCGGCGGCUGCAAGAGAGGCGACCCUCCAGGGCGAGCUGGAAGAGGCCCGGGGUGCUGCUACUGGACUUGGCUCGGAGCUGGCCCAGCUGGUCUCAGACCUACAGGACCGUGAGCAGGAAGUCAAGGAACUGAAGCACGCGCGUCAUGAGGCUGCCGGCGCCCUGACUGCCAUCACCGUGGAGCGCAGCGAGCUUCAGGCCCAAGUGGAGGAGCUGCGACGUCAAGAAAUUGCGCUUCAGGCCGACGUCGUCGCUGCGCGUGCACGGGCGGCCCAGAUGGAGAAGGAGGCGGAGUCCCUGCGGGGUGUGGUGGCUCCGGCGCAGGAGGAGGCUGCUGCUGCACGCGAGGAGGCAUAUGGGCUGGCGGAGGAGUUGGACCAGGUUCGCAACCAGCUGCGCAAGUACGAGCUGCAGGAACAGCAGCUGGAGAACCUUCGCCAGGAGCUCGAGCAGACCUACAGGCAGCUGCAUGAAUCCGAGGCCCGCAACACGACGCUGCAGAGCCAGGUCUUGGAGAUGCAAGGCAGCAUUGCAUCCAUGACACCCAUCUGCUCACGUGCCAAGCUUGACGACCAGGUGCGUGCGCUGAGCGACGCCCUUGAGAAGAGCCACAAGCACAGCAGUGCGCUGGAGGACAAGCUCCGGCACAACGUAAUCCUGGAGAACACGGUAGCACUGGAGCUGCGACGCUUGACGGAGGAGAACGCGCACCUCGUUGCGCGGAUAGGCAAGAUGGAGGACGAUCUCAAGGAGCAGUCCAGCCUGGGCCACAACAACCACAAGCAGAAGAUCCAGUACCACUUGCGCCUCAAACAAGAGCUGGAGGAGUUGCGGCACGAAUGCACGGUGCUGCUGCGUGACAAGUUUCAGCUGGAGCAGUGCAUUAGGUACCUUGCAGUCCAGGUUGGCAUGGGCCCUGACGAGAACAGGAAGGCGCUGGCAACCGUCGAGCGCAAGGCCAUCGAAAAGGUACUGCCGGCCUGUCUGGCCUCCAACGCGCUCUACAGCACGCCCUUGUCUCAGCGCGCCAUGCGCCUUAGCGCCCGUGCCAAGCACAACGACCAGGGUACUGUGUACGCCGGUGGCAAGGAGCUGUUCGAGGAGGGCAUCAGCGAAGCUCGCCGCAAGUGCCUAGAUGAGCUGAACAGCUGGCGCAGUGAGGCGCAGGUUGCUGUUGUCGCCGCAGCUGCUGUUAGCCCCCAGAGCCACGUUGGGGAUGACCAGGACGGCGCCAACGAGGGGGAGGACCAUGACAUGGGUGGCGCCCCUGCUGAAAACGCACAGGGCUCCCCUGACGUCAAGACCGCGGGGCAAGACCGUGACACAGCUAACCGUGACGCGGCUGGGCCUUCAGGGGCUUUCGGAACCCCGAUUGCGACAAUUCGCGGUGCCGCCACACCUGGAGGCGGCUGCACCAGCUCAGCUGCCGCCUUGGCGGCCGUGCCCCACACGGUGGCUAAAUUGGAGGAGCGCAUUAAAACCCUCAUCAGCGACGUGUGCGCCCCCUCCAACGCCCGCUGCUUGAACGCGACGGGCUUUUGCGUAUCGAGUAUCGGAGGCGCCAGCACCUCGGGUGGAGGCGCGACUGAGCUGCUGGGUGUCACGCCGAUGGUCGGUACCACGUCCACGGCGCACCCUCUCCGUGCCGGCGGCAGCAUGCGCGACCGUGACCAGGACAGGGACAGGGCGCGCGAGGGAUCGAACGGUGGUAAGGAGGCCGGCCCGGUGACCGGCAACCUCAGCAACAGGAGCCUGCGGCUGUCCAUGGCACCGGGGGCCGCAGCCGCUGCUGGCC